CUUCAAUGCCGCUAAAGUUUGCUUGGAAAAUCUCUAUUCUCUUUGCCAGGAAACAUUACCUCGAUCAUGGCGUACGCAUCGCCAGUGCCUACAUUCUGGUACAUCUUCAAGAAGAAAUCCACCGAGUGCUUCUCGGCUCUCCCUUACGUUUGCACGCUCCUGACGGUGCUCUUGGGCCUCUACUAUGGUUGCAUCCGCCCAAACGGCAUGCUUAUCAUCACCAUCAACAUCGUUGGCAUCACCUUCGAGGCCACCUACCUCGCCAUCUUCAUCACGUACGCUACCAAGUUUAGCCGGAUCAAGACGGUGAAGCUAGUGUUGCUCGAUCUGGCGGUGUUUGGCGUGGCGGUGCUUCUCACUAUGCUCCUCUCGCAUGGCAAGCUCCGGGUGAUGCUGGUGGGAUCGAUGUGUUCCGCCGUGGCCAUCUCAAUGUACGCUGCUCCACUCUCAGUCAUGAGAAUGGUGAUUCGCACCAAGAAUGUGGAGUUUAUGCCCAUCACGCUCUCGGCCUUUCUCGCCGUCAAUGCUUCGCUCUGGUCGGCCUAUUCCUUCUUCUCUCGCGACAUCUUCAUCGGGAUUCCUAGCGCGCUUGGAUCGCUCCUCGCCAUCGCCCAGGUCUUGCUCUAU